AUGGCCGUGUCAGACACCCCGAGAUUCCGGGUUCGAGCCCUGGGUCUGGGUGGCUCUCUCAGUCUCAGCCUGGUGCUGCUGCUGCCGCCGGCGGCCUCGUCACAGGGGCUGCCCUUUGACCAGCUGUGGACGUUGAUUGGGAACGCCUCCACCUACAAUCCCAGCAUCAGGCCGGACGCGGACGGUCCUCCCGUGACCGUGAACUGUAGCCUGUACAUCACAAGCCUGGGAUCCGUUGAAGAAACAAGCAUGGACUACAAGGCGACCCUGUUCCUGCGCCAGCGGUGGAGCGACGAGCGGCUGGCCCUCGCGGGCCCCGCGGGCCUCGGCUGGCUCGACCUGAGCCCCGAGGCGGCCGCGUCCGUCUGGAAGCCCGACGCGUACUUCUCCAACGAGAAGACAGCCGCCCCGCACGCGGGCACCGCCGACAACACGAUGCUGCGAGUCUUCGCCAACGGGGACGUCUUUUACUCCACCAGGCUAUCUCUGACUUUAGACUGCCCGAUGAAUCUUCGCCAAUUCCCCGCCGACGUGGUGACGUGCAGUAUAUACCUGGAGAGCUACAGCAUGUCGACCAGAGAUAUCGUGUUCCGCUGGAGCUUGGGGAAUCCCGUGGAGAACAGCGACCAGAUCACCAUACCCGAGUUCAAGCUGGGAGACAAAAUCCUGCAUGAGGACUGCACCAAGAACUUCAGCACGGGCAACUUCACGUGCGUCCGCGCGACGUUCUCCCUGCGCCGCAAGAUUGGCUACUACAUGCUCCAGAUCUACAUCCCCACCCUGCUCAUCGUGAUCAUCUCGUGGGCUGCCUUCUGGGUGAACAUGGAGUCAGCGCCGGCGCGCGUCGCGCUCGGCAUGACCACGAUCCUCACCAUGACCACGCAGAGCAGCGGAUCGCGAACCUCCUUGCCCAAGCUGUCAUACGCCACCGCAAUGGAUGUGUGGAUGACUGCCUGCAUGGUCUUCGUAUUCGCCGCCUUCCUCGAGUACAUCGCCGUCACCUACGCCCUCACUAACGACCACGACCUCCUCCUCAAGCUCGCCAAGUGCAAGGUGCGUCAUGAGUUCACAGACACAGUUUGCGGAUCGCAGUAAGACU